AUGUAUCUGGCACUGAAGACUGUGGGAGCAAAUUUUGACCUCUUCCUGCUUAAAUAUUGCAGAGAUAAACGGUCAGACUAUCUGCAUGGACGUCUUGAAAAGCUGCUCAGACUCCAUGAGAGGUUGAACGGGGCAGUGUAUGUCAUGGAUGAAGGAAUUGAUAAUCCUGGCUUUGUUUCUACUGGAGACUUGGAUCUGCAAUCCAUGGAGAAGAAGAAUGGAACCUUGCAACCCCCAUCUCAGCCCCCAGAAGUGUCCCAUCACUCUGAGGAGGAGUUUGAAGAAGGUCCCUGUGGAUGGGGUAGCUGUGUCCCAAAAUGCCUGCAGUGGUGCAACAACCCCAAGGGUUAUUUAUUAUUGUACAGCCUUCUGGCUAUUAUGCAAGGUAUUCUCGUAAAUGGUUUGGUGAAUAUUGUUAUUUCCACUAUAGAGAGACGUUACGGUCUAAGCAGUUCCCUGACUGGACUAAUUGCUGCAAGUUAUGAUAUUACAUUUUGCCUUUUCUCGCUUUUUGUGUCUUUUUAUGGAGAAAGAGGACAUAAACCAAGAUGGCUUGCAUUUUCAGCAUUCAUGAUUGGACUUGGAGCACUCAUAUUUUCUUCACCUCACUUCUGCAUUGGAGCAUAUGAAUAUGGAAACAAAUUUAAUGAAUCCUGUGAAAUCUUGGGAACCAACAGCACCCAUGCAGAUUGUACAAAUGACAACCAAUCUUCACUCUCGAAUUUCCUUUAUGUCUUCAUUCUGGGUCAGCUGCUUAUGGGAGUUGGAGGAACUCCUUUGUAUACUCUUGGAACAGCGUUUUUUGAUGACAGCCUCCCCACUCACAAAUCCUCAUUAUACAUAGGGAUUGCAUAUGGAUUGUCUAUAGUGGGCCCUGCGAUCGGCUUUUUGAUAGGAGGAGACCUUUUAAAUAUGUACAUUGAUUUUAAUAAAGGAAUACGCGUCAGUAUUACUCCAAGUGAUCCACGGUGGCUCGGAGCGUGGUGGAUUGGAUUUCUAAUUUGCGGUUUGGUGACGUGGCUACUGAUAGCUCCUUUUUCUUGUUUCCCCAAGCAUUUGCCUGGUACAGCACAAAUACAGUCUGAAAGAAUUUCUCAGGCUCAUAAUGAUGGGAGUGAAAAUAUUGUGGAUGAGAACAAUCGGGGUAAAAGUUUUAAAGAUUUUCCGAUGGCACUUUGGCUGAUGAUGAAAAAUCCAGUGCUCAUAUCUUUAACAAUAGCCAGUUGCGCCGAUGCGUUGAUCAUCACAGGAUUUGCAGCCUUUCUCCCCAAAUACAUUGAAAAUCAGUUUUCAUUGACCUCCAGCUUCUCUGCGAUUUUAGGAGGUGGUGUUUUAAUCCCAGCAGCAGCUAUCGGCCAAGUUGUAGGUGGUUUAAUCAUUUCCAAAUUCAAAAUUGAAUGUAAAAAUUCAAUACUCUUCUCUGUAAUAACGUCAAUUGUUUCGCUGGCGCUAUUGACUGUCUUUAUUUUCGCAAAAUGUGGGAAUGAUCGAUUUGCAGGUGUUUCCAUUUUGUAUAAUGGAACCGGAGAAAUUGGGGAAAUCUCUGCCCCAUGUAAUAGCAACUGCUCCUGUGCGCGUUCCUUUUAUGACCCAGUUUGUGGUUCGGAUGGAGUGCAGUAUUUUUCGGCUUGUUAUGCAGGAUGCUCUUCCAUUACAUUAGAUGGCAGCAACAAGAUUUAUAGUAGUUGCUCAUGUAUUGGAGAUGAAAUUGGAACGAUAGGAACAUUUGAAUCGAGUUUUAACGAAUCACAAGUUACCGAAGGGAAAUGCAAAACUACCUGCAAUAAUUUAAUACUAUUUACAGUGUUCUUCUUUUUUGGUGUUCUUGCCACUUUCUUAAAUGCCACCCCGGUCACUAUGGCCAUUUUAAGAUGUGUGCCGGACAAACAAAAAUCAUUUGCGCUUGGUGUACAGUCCGCAUUUAUUCGAUUAUUAGGUUCUAUUCCUGGUCCCAUUUCAUUUGGUUUUAUAAUAGAUAGUAGUUGCAUGCUAUGGGACAUAAAUGAAUGUGGAGUAAAAGGAGCAUGCUGGACGUAUAAUAAUUCAGACACAUCAGUCAAACUUAUUGCCAUCUGUGCAGUUAGCAAGAUCGUCACUAUUGCUUUCCUUUUUGUGGCAUAUUUCAUCUACAAGCCUCCUCCAAAGAGAACAGAAGCUGACACCAAGAGUGACAAUAUUAUCUCUUCGCUCUCUUUUAAACGUUGUGGGAAUUCUGUACUUAGACGUUAAAGAGAAUUAAAAGAGUUUAAAAUUCCAAUUAAGCUGAAUGAUGCACAAGCACCUACUACUGAGCCAAGGUAGCAAGGAAGGCAGUUAAAAGGCAGCAGAUUCAUUUGCAGAAAUGCCUU